UCCUUCCUCUACCUCUAUAGACUAACACCACAUAACAUUGCUUUGACUUUGUUUGUAAGCCUGUGAAGAAAGUCUCCGCUGUAUUUGAGUGAAUUUAAAAAGUGAAGUUGAAAGUGUAUGAUGUCCAGGACUGGGAAUGGGAAUGUGGCUGCUGGGGACACCACCAAGGGGGUUAAGGAGAGGAUUGUGGAUAUUUACGUCAGUGUGGAAAGUCUGUUUGUUUACGAUAAACCCUGGAAGGAAGGAGACAGUAAAGGGGCAGCUGUGGAUAACGAAUACUCAGAGGUGGCCGAGGCUUCAGGGCAGAAGAAGGCCUGCAGGUUCCGAGCCGUGCUGCCUUGGCUCCUCGUGGUUCUCCUCCUUGUGGUCGUCACAGGCCUCGGAAUCGCCCGUUAUUUUUCCCAACAACCCCUACGUCCAGUCAAAGAAGAACAGGCCGAUAAUGUCAACCAAACCAGCACACUAAUGGAGGUCCUGGAGAAACUAUGUGAGCAAAUGGGGUGUACUCAUAAUUGGAAAAGACUUCCCUGCAGUGGUUACUCCAUCUGCCUGCAAAUUGAAAGCCAAGAAAGAAAGAGCAGUGAGGAAAGCGGAAAAGAUUGUGUCUACACACAAGCCGACCUAGCCAGCAUAACCACUAGAGAGGAGCAGGAAAUUGUUUCUAGAUUGUCUUCUGACAAGCCAGCAUGGGUGGGUCUGAAGAGCAACGAUGAUGGAGAGUGUCAUUGGGUGGAUUGUACUCGUCUCCCCACUAAAAGGCACGACAGCCCGGAAGAAGAACCCUGUGCUUUGGGACCUCUGAGUUGUUUCGCCUGCAGCUCCAAACAAAACUGGAUCUGUGAGAAAAUAAUAGAAUGAGCUCACCAUGGCAGGGUACAGCCAACCAGCACACCGACACACUGGUGUGGAAAAUGGUAUCAUUUUAAUAACAUCACAGAUACAUUUGCUCAUCUUCUUUACUGUAUCACUGAUUCACUUAGAAAGCCCUUAGUGUAUGUAUUUAAGUUACGUUAUUUGCCGUCUACUAAAUACUUUGAACAUGUGCACAUUCCACUGUCCUAUUUUGCACAUUCUUGCAUAGCAGUAAAGCUUAUAUUUUAAAGAACAGACUGUUCUAAAUCUCUUUUAUAUUCCUCAGAUAUUUGCCAUAAUGUUCUCUUUAAGUAAAUGUUUCUAUUUCUAUAGUUUUCUGCUUUCAGUGCUUGUGGCUUAUUUUCUCACUUUACCAAAGUUUGUUUGUUAUUGAUUGCACCAAAUACCAAGAAAAAUUCCUUGUAAUAAAACACAU